AUGGAGGCGUCGGAAAAGCCCGGGGUAGGGUCUGCAGCUGGCCAGAGGGCGGCAGGAGAAGGCGGGCGGAGGAUCACCAGCUGCUUUCCGAGGACGCCGGCGAGUCCGCGGGGAAGGGCGGCGCGUGGGCUGCUGGGACAUGGAGUCCGGCGGGGCUGGGCCUGCCCCGGAAGUGAUUCUGGGCCGAGCUGGGCUCUCGCCACGCCUCGGGGGUCGGUGCACGUGCACCCGCGCUAGUCCCUUUCUCGGCGGAAUUCCUGGGCUUCUGUCCACCUUUCCACCCAGCUCCCCCUAAACUUCUCACCUCCCCUGGAAAGUCUUCCUGGAUUUCUGCAGCUCAGACCACCUCUUUGCUCCUGCUGCACCUGCGUGCCUCCCUCUAUAAAGAAGACGGUGUGUGUGGCCUGAGUUGAAGGCAGAGAGGCCAGCUUCCCCAGGUUUCGCCAUGGCAGCCGACCCAGCACCCAUCGGUCAGGAAGAGCUCGUGAUCAUCAAGAUGGAGGAGGAUGAGGCCGCCCUGUGGGAUCCUGAACCGUUCUUCAAGCCUCAGCCCCAAACCCUGUUGCCUGGGCUUGGUAGGGACCCCCGGCAGUGCUUCCGGAGCUUCCGCUAUGAGGAGGCAUCAGGGCCCCGCGAGGCGCUGGCCCGGCUGCGGGAGCUGUGCCGCCAGUGGCUGCGGCCCGAGGUGCACUCCAAGGAGCAGAUGCUGGAGCUGCUGGUGCUGGAGCAGUUCCUGGGCGUGCUGCCACCUGACACCCGGGUCUGGGUGGAGUCCCAGUGCCCCGAGAGUGGCGAGGAGGCUGUGGCACUCGUGGAGGACCUCGCUCAGAUGUUGCAGGAGACUGCACUGGCCCAGGCCCCUCCCGAGGACCAACGGUUUGGAGACCUGGCAGAGCCGGCCAAGCCCUUCACGGAUGGAGCUCAGUAUCUUUAUUUCAAGCCCAGGAUGUCCGGAAGCAAGCGUAAAAGCAGCGGUGAUGUAGCUGGUACUGCUAAGAAGCGCCACGCGAUAACGAUGGAAACAAAAGUGAAAAUAAUUGAGAGAGUGGAGCGAGGCGAAAAGAUGGUGGACGUCGCUCAUUCUUAUAACCUGAAUCGUUCAACCAUCGGCUCAAUCGUAAAGAACAAGGACAAGAUCAUGGAACAUGUGAAGUCUGCUAUGCCGAUGACGUCAACAAUAAUAACGAAGAAGCGUGGAAAGGUGAUGGAGGAGAUGGAGAAACUUCUCAGCGUGUGGAUGCAGGAUCAGCGUCAGCGUCGGGUCCCACUGAGCUUAAUGCUGAUUCAGGAGAAAGCUAAGAGCCUCUAUGAAGACUUGAAGAAGAAGCACGGCGAAGAAUCAGAGGGCAAAUCUUUUAAUGCCAGCCGUAGCUGGGUUCACCGGUUCAAGGCUAGAGCCAAACUUCACAAUGUAAAAGUGAGUGACAAGGCAGCGAGUACAGAUACGAUAGCUGCCCGGGAAUUUCCUGAAACGCUUCGAGAAAUUAUUGAUGAAGGCGCGUAUUUACCCGAGCAGGUGUUUAACGUGGACGAGACAGGACUGUACUGGAAGAGGAUGCCGGACCGAAGUUACAUCAGUAAGGAGGAAAAGUUGAUGCCGGGCUAUAAAGCAUCAAAGGAUAGGCUCACGCUGCUGUUUGGCGGCAAUGCUUCCGGUGAUAUGAAGCUGAAGCCUCUCUUAGUUUAUCAUUCAGAGAACCCGAGAGCCCUUAAAAACAUAGCCAAGGGCUCUCUUCCUGUUGUGUGGAAGAGUAACCCCAAAGCCUGGGUGACACAGGCCAUUUUCCAGGACUGGUUUUUCCACCACUUUAUCCCGGAGGUAGAGAAAUACUGCUUGGAGAAGGACGUCCCAUUCAACAUUCUUCUGCUGCUCGACAAUGCUCCGGGCCACCCCCCAUUCAUGGAUGACUUUCAUCCCAACGUCAAAGUAGUGCAUCUGCCACUGAAUACUACGGCGCUCAUCCAGCCUAUGGACCAGGGAGUUAUCGCGACUUUCAAGAAAUAUUACCUACGCCACACUUUUCGUCAGGCAGUGAAGGCGAGUGACGAGUCGGGAACGACCCUGCGGCAAUUUUGGAAGGACUACAACAUCUACAAGGCCAUAAAAAACAUUGACUUUGCCUGGAGUGAGGUUACCGCCGUCACCAUGAACGGGGUUUGGAAGAACCUUUGCCCGAAGUUUGUGCACGAUUUCCGUGGAUUUGAGAAGGUGGACGAGGAGUCCAAAGAGGUCUUCAGCAACUUGGUGGCCCUCAGCGAGAAGCUGGAGCUAGACCUGCAAGAGGACGACUUCAUUGAACUCCUUGCUGUGCAACACGAGGAGCUGACUAACGAAGACCUGAUGGAACUGGAGGCCCAGAGGAAGGACGAAGAGGGGCAGGAGGAGGAAGAAGUAAGUGAAGAACCAAAGAGAUUCACGACGCAGGAAAUGGCGAGGGGGUUUUCUUUAUUUGAGGAGGCGCUGUUAGUGUUUGAGGCACAGGACCCGAAUGUAGAACGGUACACGAAGGUCGCGGCGGCCGUUCAGAAUGCAAUCCAGUGCUACCGUGUCAUCUAUGACGAGAAGAAGAGAGCUACUACCCAGACGUCACUGGAUCGUUUUUACAAGAGGGUAGAUAGGAUUAAAUCCUGCAAGGAACCAGAACCCGUGCCAUCCACGUCAGGCGUGAGUGAAAUGGCACCGUGCCCUCCGUCUCCUAUUGCCGACGAUCCUUCAGCUGUACCGUCUCCCACCUCCUCUUCCUCCUCCAGUCAGUAACUCUUCCUGCCUGUUCCCUCGAUGCCAGCCCCUGGAUGCCAGCCAUUGUACUGUACUACGGUACUUCUCAAGGUACUGUACUGU